AUGGCGCAAAUCACGCUCAGCCCGCCCCGGGGCGUCGGCAAUAAGCGUGUUGCGAUCAUGACAUCGGGAGGAGAUUCACCCGGAAUGAGUCCGUUUGUACGCGCUGCAGUACGAUAUCUGAUCCAUCAGGGCUGCGUACCAUACGCCGUCUACGAAGGAUAUCAAGGACUCGUCGACGGCGGGGACAUGAUCAAGCAGAUGUCAUGGGACGAUGUACGAGGCUGGAGCUCGGAAGGUGGAACUCUGAUUGGAACAGCACGCUGCAUGGCAUUCAAGGAGCGAGCAGGUCGAUUGACAGCCGCGAACAACAUGAUCGAGCGAGGAAUCGAUGCUUUGAUUGUAUGUGGUGGAGAUGGCUCUCUCACCGGAGCCAAUCUCUUCAGCAAGGWAUGGCCCAGUCUCAUGGAUGAGCUCGUGUCGAGUGGGAAGCGCAAAGAGUCGGACGUUAAGCCUUAUCGUCAUCUCAACAUCGUCGGGACAGUUGGAUCCAUCGACAAUGAUCUCAGCGGAACGGAUGCCACCAUUGGAUGUUACAGCUCCCUCCAGCGCAUCUGUCAAAUGAUCGACUAUAUCGAAGCCACGGCACUGUCACACCAGCGGGCUUUUGUCAUUGAAGUCAUGGGACGACACUGCGGAUGGCUCGCAAUGGCUUCUGCGGUGAGCUGCGGAGCCGACUUUGUCUUCACACCCGAGCAGCCUCCAUCAGAGAACUGGGAGGAGGAAAUGUGCACAAUUGUGAAGAAGCACCGUACAAUGGGGAAGCGGAAGACCAUCGUCAUCGUGGCAGAAGGUGCGCACGAUCGAAACCUGAAACACAUCUCGCCGGGCAUGGUCAAGGACUUGCUCUCAAACAAAGUCGGACUCGACACCAGAGUGACAACAUUGGGACACGUGCAGCGCGGUGGACCUCCCUGCGCCUACGAUCGUAUGUUGGCAGCUCUGCAGGGUGUCGAGGCCGUUAAGGCUGUCCUCGACGCUACUCCAGAUACCCCAUCACCGGUGAUAUGCAUCCUCGAGAACAAGAUUGUUCGCAAGAAUCUCAUGGAGGCAAUUGCGUUGACACAGCAAGUCGCCGAGGACAUUGGCAAGAAGGACUUUGAGAAGGCGAUGAGAGGCAGAGACGCCGAGUUUGAAGAGCUACUCCAGGCAUUCCACAUCACGACGGCUGCGGAGGGGGGCACCAUGUUGCUUCCUCGGGAGAAGAGAAUGCGGAUUGGCAUCAUCCAUGUCGGUGCACCAGCAGGUGGUAUGAACGCAGCAACACGCGCAGCUGUGGCGUACUGUUUGAGCAAAGGCCACACACCCGUGGCGCUCCACAACGGCUUCCCCGGUCUCGUGCGCCACCACGACGACAAGCCGCUGGGAUCGGUUCGGGAAGUGUCCUGGCUGGAUGCUGAGAACUGGGGAUCCAAGGGUGGCUCCGAGAUUGGCACGAACCGCGACCUACCGUCGUCCCCUAAGUGUGGCCUCGAUAAAGUUGCAGCCUGCUUUGACAAGUACAAGAUUGAUGCCUUGUAUGUUGUCGGAGGCUUCGAAGCCUUCACAGCCGUCUCUGAGCUACGACAAGGACGCGAAAAGUACGAAUCUCUGAAGAUCCCCAUGGUCGUCCUUCCCGCUACAAUCUCCAACAACGUCCCUGGAACCGAGUUCUCCAUCGGCUCCGACACUUGCCUCAACGCCCUGAUUGACUACUGUGACUCAAUCAAGCAGUCUGCCUCGGCAUCUCGUCGGCGAGUAUUCGUCGUGGAGACACAGGGUGGUGCUUCGGGAUAUAUUGCUACCAUCGCUGGACUCUGUAUCGGCGCUUUGGCCGUGUAUACUCCCGAAGAGGGCAUUCAUCUCAACAUGCUUGUUGAGGACAUCAAGUUCUUGAAGGAAUCCUUUGAGCGCGACAUCGGGCACAACCGGUCCGGAAAGAUCAUCCUGAGGAAUGAAAAGGCCAGCAAAGUCUACACCACCGAAUUCAUCGCCGAGGCCAUCAAGGAAGAGAGCAACGGCAAGUUUGACUCUCGAUUCGCAGUUCCUGGUCAUGUACAACAAGGCGGCAUACCAAGCCCCAUGGAUCGUGUGCGAGCAGUCCGUUUCGGGAUCAAGUCAUUGCAGCACUUGGAGAGCUUCUCGGGCAAAUCAAGGCAGCAAAUCGCAGACGACCCGAUGUCCGUCACUGUGAUUGGUAUGCGAGGAGCGCGAGUAAAGGUCCGAGAUAUGGAGAAGAUCGAGCGCGAGGAGACCGACUGKAAGGAUCGGAGACCCAAGGAUGAGUUCUGGAUGGCGCUGGUCGAUGUCGUCGACACGCUUUCUGGACGGCCAAAGGCUUGUCGGACACCUAUGCCAGGCAAUACGCCCAUUCCGGGAUCACCAAUGAUCAAGGCCGCCAAUGAGAACUAA